AUGCUCGAUCAGCUGUCGCCCGUUGCUCCUGCGAGAGUACGAGUUGUGCUGUUACCCAUCGGGCAAAUCAAACGCGUGAGAUUCCUGAGCUUUGUAGAAAGAUUGCAACCUCAAAAUGUUAUACGCUUAGGAGAUAUCAGUCCAGAUGGACGUCCCAACAGAAAUAUGUUUAACCCAUUGGCCUUUCCUUUGGGGAUGAUUGUCUAUGAUCUCACGACACAUUACCCGCCCUCUACCCACCUCUCAUUGUCCCCCUUUGAGCUUUACAGGGAGCCGCUCGUUAUUAUAGCACUCGCAGAUGGCGCCGAGCUCGAGCAUAUAUCUUAUAAAGGGACUUCGAGGAAAAGUCUUAACGGCGGUGGAGUAUCGCCCUUCGAACAGAAUGUGCGAGACUUAUACCAGGAUCUGGAAGACUUGAGAGACAGAUAUCCUAAGGCGCUGGUACAUCAAGUAUUAUUGUUCGACUAUACAUAUGAGAAGUCUGCUGCAGCCUUGCCGGAAGGCCUAGUCUCUAUACCUCCACCAGCUGACUGCGGUAUAACGACAAUAAAGACUGUCAUGUGCGAUAUAUCUGCCUUGCUGCUCGCAGAGAUGACGACACUAGCAAGGUCACUCCAGGCUUUGAGCACAAUCGAGUCGCCAAGUCAAUCAGGGAACAGACCGGUCAAUGGAGGCUCUUGGGGCGGAGGCUCACCGGAUGGAUCUUCGAGACGGAACUCUCAAUUUGCACUACCCCAACCAAACUCCAGAUCUGCUUCUCCCGCCGGCGCUGUUGAUCGUAGCAACUAUCGUAUGUCGAUGCCAGUUCUUCGAUCCGCAGCUUCGGAUUCCGGCACAUCUUCACCUCUGGGUCGUGCUGAUAGCCCUGCAAGCGGUCUUCACUCCGGCUCGCCACCAACCUUCGAUAACAUUAUUGGGGACAAUGCGCUCACACCGAAAAACUUACCAUCUCGACUCGGCACUCCGAGUAGCACAUCAAAAAGGGACAGUAGCAGAGAUCGAGUGUCAAUUGUAGGUUUUGGAUCGGGAAGUACUAGUGAAAGAUCAAGGAACAAAGGAAAGAGUCGUAUUGGAAUCGUCGUGGGAUCGAUGUAUAUGUGUGCGGGGCGGUGGAAUGAUGCAUUACGCGAGCUAGUUGAAAGUGCCGCUAUCGCGAAAGCAAAUCUCGAUCACCUGUGGCAUGCAAAGGCACUUGACAAUAUUCUUGUGAGUAUGCUCAUGCUCGCGUGGACUGGGCUGGAUUUUCAAAUUCCACAAAUUUGCUAUGUUUCCGCAGAAAAAACACCGUCUUUAACAACUGCUUUGGAGCCGAGGAGUCCCACAAGUAACCGUUUAGUCUCUUUACAGAACUUGGCGGUUUUGCUUCCGGAAUUAUUGGACAGAAUCCUAAAUCUCUACACUCGUGCCUCGAAUAAUACUGGCGAAGCUAUGCCGCAAUAUCCAUUUUCUGAAACGGUUAUUCGAUAUGCAAAGCUUUCCUCAGCUCUACAUACUGGUGGUGGUCAAUUAGAUGACGAGGUUUUGCGGUUGAUUGUUCUCGGAACCCCUUUUCAAAAAGCACCAAACCUUGCGACCCCUCGUUUGAACAUACAACCUACUCGAGGAGAAAUUCUCAAAACCAUCCUGAGAGCCUUCCCCGUAUAUUCAUCCUCCGAAAAUAUUGUAGUCGUGGAUCGCAUAAUAAUACUCAGUGGUAUAGCCUCAGUUCUUGGAUCACUGGGAUAUAAUAGGAAGAAGGCCAUGGUAAUCCGUGAAUUGGUUUCUGUGUUGGUUCCAGCCCUCGUUCAAGCUCGCCUUAGAGGGGCAGCAGAGAUGGGAGUUCAUCCAGCCGCAGGCUUAGCAGCGCUGAGUGCGAACGGGAACACUAACGGUGCCGGAGCUCUUGAACUUGGUGAAGGUGAUAUGGAGAACGGAGUAGACUCAUUCCUCGCUUUACUUGGUCAAACGUAUGGAGUUGUAGCUUCUAGAGCUACCGCCGAAGAUGAGUUCGAUGAUUCAGAUGAAGCUAUUAUUCUGAGGAUACUAGAUAAUUCCUCGAUCCGCUCUUUUGGAAGCCAGGCAUUGAAAAUGGAGAUCUUGAGAUCAUGCAUCAAUCUUUCUGAAGCAUUGCCGGACUUUCAAGGCGUUAUGAAGUUCACUGCAGAUUUGUUGAGAACUGCGGGGAGCGGUGUAGCCCCAGGUCCACGGAGCGAAGAUGCAUCUCCAAAUAUGAGUCGCGAGGAACAGAUGCGACUAAUGUCCAACAUUACUCGAACGCUUGGAGCUGCGAAAAAUUUGGGAGUUCAUGACCUCUCAGCGGAGUAUUGGGAUGAAUUUUUGGUUCGAGGAGUUGAGCUAGAACCUCUACUGCAGUCGAGAACUCCUAUCCCACAUACCCGCGGAGAACUUCCUGGUGGGGAGAGCAUUGCUACCGCUAGGGAAAUAAAUCCUUUCAUAUACAACCCUUUCUUACGCCCACCAAAUGCUUCUAUUGUUGAUCACAUCAUGGUUGCUGGUGAGGGAGCUGUCUUCAAGGUUACUUUGCAAAAUCCAUAUGAGUUCGAUGUGGAAAUAGAAAGCAUCAAGCUUGAUUCUGAUGGUGCGGGCUUUGAAUCUGCCGUGCAAAAAACCGUCAUCGGUCCUUACCGAACGCAAAUUCUCACUAUAUUAGGCACACCUACAGAUCCCGGAUCUCUCAAAAUCACUGGAUGCACUAUCAAAGUGAAGGGGUGCCGAGAGCGACGAUUCCCUAUAUUUUCAGAUUCGUGGUCACCACAAGGCGAAGUCAAAAUUAAAUCUAUUGGCGUAUCAAAGAUAUUUGCCCAGAAGGCUCGCCCUACAAGCUUUGGCUCAACCUCAUCCAAUCCAAUACCUUGGGGAGUCACGCCCCCUAUGCCGACUACAGUAGGACUCAACGUCAUUGACAAACAACCUAUCAUCGCGAUAAAAUCCACUAAUCUUUCACAAUCUGCGUUAAUGGUGUUAGAAGGGGAACGUCAAAGAUUUUUUAUUACAUUGGAGAACCUCUCAAAAUAUACACCUGUAGAUUUACUUCUCUUUUCUUUCAAAGAUUCUACCCAGGCGCCAUUGCAAACCGCAAUGAGUAAUCGCGAAGCAUCACCAGCAGAGUUGUAUGAAUACGAAUUGAUUUUGGCACGAAAGCAAGCCCUUCGAUACAUACCAAAGCCUGGUGAGAAGCCAUACAUUGAACCUGGUGGAAUAGCAACUUUUGAAAUAGAGAUACUGGGAAAGCCAGGUCUCACAGGUGCUACUGUUCAGGUCGACUAUGCACAUCUCGGCGUUCCCCAAUCAGAGGUCGAGAACGGAUUCCACACCCGCCAAGUGAGCCUGCGACUCACUAUCACUGUGAAUGCAAGCAUAGAGUUGGCACGGAUGGAUGUUAUGCCAUUUACCGGAAACCUGCCUGUAUCUCUGUGGUCCAAAAUAGAUGGAACCGUGGCAACAGAAGAGUUCACACCUCAAGAUCAUUGUUUAUUAAUUCUUGAUCUUCGAAAUGCCUGGCCAAGCAGUAUCCAUGUCUCGAUAAAUAUUGAGAAAGGUGGCAAAAUUGACGAGGAAGUAUUCCCAGGUAAUACGUCUCGCAUAAUGUUUCCAAUUCCUCGCAUAUAUCUAGAAAACCCGACGGCCUCCAUCCCAGCCCUUGACCCCUCCCGACAACGACAAUUCGUCGUCAGCGCAGGCCGAAUAUCCGCAGAUUCGGAACGAGCUACUCGAGAGGCAUUCUGGUACCGAGAAGAAAUUUUGAAAAUUCUUCAGGGAACUUGGGAAACGCGCUCUGGUGUUCAUCGCAAAGGCAAUAUAGAAUUGCGCGGUCUUCGUCUCAAUCAGCGUGUCAUUGAUGCUAUUAGAAUCGAAGAUAUAUCAAUUGACAUCUCAAUCAAUAAUGAGUCGGGCCCUAAACACGACAUUCAUACCGAUACCUUCUCUUCAAUUACAGUUCGCAUCAGCAAUCGAUCUGCCAAUCCAAUUCACCCACUUCUUCGUCUCCAACCAUCUAUCCGCAACCACUCACUCACUCAAACCCUCGAUCUAUCCAAGAAGUUCGUAUGGAAUGGUGUGCUACAGCAAACUCUCCCACAGAUCCCUGGGAAAGAACAUAUUGAAGUUCACAUUGGAAUGACACCACUUUGUAGAGGUGAAUUCGAACUCAGUGCUUCGAUUGAAGAAGUGAGGUUAGUCGAUGCACCGAAAGAUUAUAAUGCGAUUAAAGAGGGAGGUAGACCAAGAGCUGAUACUAAGAAUUUGAUGGAUACGAUGUUGGGUGCGAGGGAGAGGAGGAUUUGGCAUUCGAGAGAACCUUGUUUGCUGAUUGUGAAGGAUGAGGAUGAAGAUACGGAUGAGGAUACGGAUGAAGAUGAAGAUGAUGAUUAG